UCGCCCCAAGAGCAGCAAUUCAUUCACUCACUGACGAAGAAUCAGUGUGUGUCCUGUGUUGUUCCCACCUCCAAGUCCGUCCCUCCUCUGAAGGUCUCUCUCUGCCUUUCCCUCCAGAGAGAGAAAGAGACAGAGACGAUGCUUAGAGGCUCGUGCAAGACGUUAUAUCGAGCGUACGCGUGAAACCGACAUGAGAUGCACUGCAAAAUCGGUCUGGAUUCAGAGGAAAUGACCUGAGCUGUGAACGACCAGAAGAUGAUGGUGAUGAUGGAGAAUAUCGGUGCGAUUCGGCUUUACCUCAUGAAAUGCAUCUGUCUACGCUGGGCUUGGGUCUGUGUGGCUGCCUGUGGUGGUAAAGUGGAGUUACACACCGAGAGGAGAGGAAUGAUCUACAGCCCAUCAUGGCCCCUCAACUACCCGCCCGGAGUGAACUGCAGCUGGAAUAUACAGGGAAGCCGCGGAGAUGUGAUCACAAUCAGUUUUCACAGCUUUGAUGUGGAGGACACGGGGGACUGCAGGGGCGACUGGCUGCUGCUCGGCCCCACAUGGAAAGCUGAGGAUCGGUUCUGUGGCUCUCUGCUUCCUCCUCCCUUCAUCUCCUCCAGAGGACAGGUCUGGGUCUACUUCCACUCUCAGGCUAACAGCUCUGGACAGACACAAGGCUUCAGACUAUCUUACAUACGAGGUCGACUGGGUCAGAGUAGUUGUGAAAACGAUGAAUAUUUAUGUGGAAAUGGUAAGUGCGUUCCCCAUUCCUGGCGCUGUAAUGGAUUGGACGAGUGUGGAGACAAUACAGACGAGAGGAGCUGUGCUGCCCCACCAACAUCUGCUCGGGUCAGUCUGUGUCCGCCUGGGACCGUGCAGUGCUCUGAUAUCCAAUCUACCCGCUGUCUGCCGGUGUCUCUGCGUUGUAAUGGAGCCCGGGACUGUCCUGACGGAUCCGACGAGGCACACUGUCCCGACACGUCUUGUGGAAAACACUUAGUCAACUUCUAUGGGACAUUUGCCUCACCUGAUUUUUUCCGUCCAAACAGGAGCGCUGGGACAGUACUUCACUGCACAUGGUUCCUAGACACACAAGACCCAAAGCCACUGGUGCUGCAGGUGGACCUCCAGCUGGGUGUGGGAGACUCUGUCCGUGUUUACGAUGGAUUGGGAGAGCGUGCGGAACAUCUUCUGCAGAGUCUCUCUCACCAUAAUAACCACAGACGAGCCCUGCUGGAGUCAUCCCAGGGACAGAUGAGCAUCUUCUACCACGCCAAACCGCACAGCCCUGGACACGGAUUCAACGCCACCUACCAGGUUAAAGGGUACUGCUUUCCAGGUGAGCAUCCAUGUGGCACAGACGAGGGCUGUUACUCGGAGCUGCAGCGCUGUGACGGCUACUGGCACUGCCCCGGGGGGCGAGAUGAGGAGGACUGCCCGCUGUGUCAGCCAGGAGAGUAUCCCUGCGAGGGUGGCAGCGGAGCAUGUUACUCAGCUUCUGAGAGGUGUAACAACCAGAAGAAGUGCCCCGACGGCUCAGAUGAGAAAAACUGCUUUGAUUGCCAUCCUGGAAACUUCCACUGUGGAACCAACCUGUGCAUCUUUGAGACGUGGCGCUGCGAUGGGCAGGAGGACUGUCUCGACGGCAGCGAUGAAAGAGACUGUCUUGCAUCCGUGCCCAGGAAGGUGAUCACAGCGGCUCUGAUUGGCAGCUUGGUCUGUGGGCUUCUGCUGGUCAUCGCACUGGGUUGUGCCUUUAAACUCUACUCGCUCAGGACAAGAGAGUACAGAGCUUUUGAAACCCAGAUGACCCGACUAGAGGCGGAGUUUGUUCAGAGGGAGGCUCCACCCUCCUAUGGUCAGCUGAUAUCUCAAGGUCUCAUUCCUCCAGUGGACGACUUCCCAGUAUACAACCCAACACAGGCUUCUGUUCUGCAGAACCUCCGUUCAGCUAUGCGAAGGCAGAUUCGUCGUCACUCUUCUCGUCGUUCCUCGUCACGGCGGCGAGUUGGUCGUCUGUGGAAUCGCCUGUUCCAUCGUGGCUCUCGGGUCCGGGGUCAGAUACCUCUCCUCACGCCUCCAGGCCACACGCACACAAACACACACCCCGAUCUGAGCCUCCACAGCUACAACACGACAGAUGAUGGCAUGGAGGAGUCACGUGAGAGUGCGGGACAUACUCCGCCAUCCUGUUCGACGGUGGCGCUGGGACUGGCCCUGCAGGCUCACACCGAGGCCUUCUGCAUUCGUGACAGACAGUCUCUGACCUCUCCCCUCUCUUUGCCCUCCCCUACCUCACCCCGCUCCACCUCCGACACUCUGGAGGACGAAGAUGAUGAAGAUGACAGAGGUUCAGAGUGGAUGAGAAUGAAAUCCAAACAGGGCAUUUCACCGAAACAUAAAGAUGACAACAAUCCUCCUGGACCCCCUGAUAGCCCCAAACGCAGCACAAGCCGGUCGAGAUCCUCCAGACGGCUGGUGCAAGAGCUGGCUGCAGAACUCAGAGGAGUCUCUCUCCUGCGCUACACCUCUGUGGGCAUCUCGCCGCUUUCCUCCCCUGAGUCACCGUCGUCCUCCAGCGGUCAGUCUGAGGAGCAGAGAAGCUUUCCUACAUUCAGAAAACCACAUAUGGACGCCCGCACAGACUCGCUCACAGAUGCGCACGGACACACCAGGAAAUCUUCAGAAACAGAAGAGGUUCCUGGUGACUGUGUCAGGCUUUGCAGACUCACAACUAGCGAGGAAGAGGAUGAUGAGAUUCUGUUAGUGCACUGAGAAGCCUUUAUCACCCUCCCUUUUCUGAAUUUGUGCCAACACAGUGAGCCUUACUAGGUUCAACCUACGGCCUUCCAUCCAGAGUCAUAAAGUACAGUAUGUUUACACA